AAAUAAAAAAAAAAAAGACUUAGUAUAGUUGUAUCUUACAUCAUAAAGUGAAAGGGCUACACAUAAAGCCAUAACACAAACAAUCACAAACAUUCUUUCUUGCACAAUUAAGUCCAUCUCAUUUCAAGACAAAUUAAAAGCACCUCAAAUAUUUCUCCCUUUCUCUUCUUUCUCUCUUUUCCAUCCCAAAAGACAUCAUCUUUGCUUGCUUUUCUCUUCACCUUUUUCUUUCUCACUUUGGAUUCAUGGAUGCUGCUCAAUGGCCACACCCACAGCAAGUAGGUGGUUAUUCAAGGCCAGUGGAGGAAUUAGCAAUACCACAAAUCCCAAACAACAACAAUAAUGAUAUGAACAAUAACAAUACAAAUAAUCCUCCAAAUAUCAACAAUAAUUCAAGGGCAUCAUCAACAACACAAGUAGUAGGAGAUCAAAGAAGAGCAAGGCCACAAAAAGAUCAAAACUUGAAUUGUCCAAGAUGUAAUUCUACCAACACAAAGUUUUGUUACUACAACAAUUAUAGCCUUACUCAACCAAGGUAUUUUUGCAAGACUUGUAGAAGGUAUUGGACUCAAGGUGGAUCUUUGAGAAAUGUUCCUGUAGGGGGAGGUUCAAGGAAGAACAAAAGAUCAUGCUCAUCAUCAUCAUCAAACCCAUCAUCCACAUCAAACCCAUCAUCAAUACCCACUAAAAUCAUCCCUGAUUUAAAUCCACCAAGUUCCUUAUCACACCUGAUUACUGCCUCCCAAAACCCUAAAUUUUUAGAAGGUCAAGAUCUUAACUUGGCUUUCCCUAUCCAAGGUAUUUUUCACAAUGAUCAAAAUCAUGAACCCAUUAACAUAAUGAAUAUUACUAAUAAUAACAAUAAUAAUAAUAAUAAUAAUAAUAAUAAUAAUAAUAAUGAUAAUAAUAAUAACCUUAACCUUACUAAUAAUAGUAAUAAUUCAUGUAAUACUACUACUUCUUCUACCCCAAUUUCAGCUCUUGAUCUUCUUAGAACUGGAAUUGCUACAAGGGGAAGCUUAAAUCCUUUUGUUCCAAUGCCUAUGCCAGAUUCAAAUACACUUUAUCCAUCUGGGUUUCCUAAUUUACAAGAUUUUAAGCCUAAUUUGAAUGUAUUUUCACCUCAAAAUGAUCAUAAUAGUAUGGUUGGAUCAGGAGAUAAUAAUGCUGCUAGGCUUUUUUUUCCUUUUGCUGAUAUGAACAAAUUAGCAACCUCAACACCCACAACAACUCCUCCUCCCCAUCAUCAUCAUCAUCAUGAGAUUGAUCAUGAAACCAACAAAUCAGAAAAUGAUCAUCAACAUCAUCAUCAUAAUCAAGGGCCAACAACUGAAUAUUGGAGUGGCAUGUUAGGUGGUGGAACAUGGUAAAAUUUUUUAGUGAUUUAUUACAUGCUCUCCAUAUCCCUCUUAUUUUGCACCAGUUUUCAUUUUAAUUUGUCUUACUGAUUUUGCACCCUUUUUUUUUAGCUAUAGUCUCACUCUUAUUCUUUUAAUCUCUUCUACGAACUUAUAAUCUCUUUUCAUCUUAACAGCUCAUUUCUGUCCACUAUUCCAACUCAAUUUCACUAUUUCUACUAAAUUUUAACCAUUUUAUACCAGGUGCAAAAUGAGAGGGAUAGAUGAAGUAGUGUAUUUAUCUUUAGUUUAAUUUUGAGUAUAUGGUUGGUGAAUUUGUUUUUUUUUAAAAAAAAUUAAAACUAACAUAUAUAUAGAGGGGUACAUCUUAAUUGUUGUAUUUGAUGAUAAUCACACUAUUGAUAUUGUAAUAGUCUUUUAAUUUGGAGUUC